UUGUAUGUAUUUCCUGUUUACUGUUGCAUAUGAUCGACGGGCUAUGAGCUGAACAGCUACACGACAAGUAAUCCAUAUGUAGUAAUCCAUCUGUAAUCGAUUGAGCUGGAAGCUGAUCAGGUGCAUGUCAGCUGUUGUGUUUUAUUCAACAAUAUGCAGUUGGUGUCUUUCGGGCUGAGCAACCAGAUGGUCGUCACGUUCAAGGAGGAAAAUCUGAUCACGUUCAAGCACCUCUUCUUGAAAGAUUACGAUGACGACGGAGGCAUGGAGAACUACGCCGUCUACAGCCAGCCGGACGUCUACGACCACAUCGACUACAUCCUGAAACAGUAUGAUCAUCUGCACAACAUCACGGUGGGCAAUCACGAAUAUGAGAAAAACCACCCCAUGACGGUGUGUCAGGAGUUCUACAGGAACGCCAGCAUCUUCCCGGCCAGCGAGACCUUUGACAUCGACAUCGAAGUGAUAACUGAGUGCUUUAAUGUUUAUCCGAUGGAUCAUCCGACAUCGCAGGAGUCGAGUCCACGUUUCAUAUUGCAUUUCAAAAGGAUGCUCUCUGUCAAGAUCACAUUUGUCCUGAAGUCAAUAAAUUUACAGACGGUGAGGUAUCGGGAGCUGCCAGACUGCUACGACUUCCAUGUCAUUGAGUACACGGUCUACUGCAAGAAAGAAUGUGGUAAUCGAGUCCCGUGGUCCGACAAGCUGGAGUUUCUGAACGGCUGGUACAUCCUCAUCAUAGUCAGCGACGUCUUGACCAUCAUCGGCUCCAUUCUCAAGAUCGAGAUCCAGACGAAGGUGCUCACUAGUUAUGACGUCUGCAGCAUCUUCCUUGGGACCGGCACCAUGUUUGUCUGGAUUGGGGUCAUCCGCUACAUGGGCUACUUCAGGAAGUAUAAUAUCCUCAUCCUGACGAUGAGGGCGGCGUUCCCGAAUGUGAUCCGGUUCAUCUGCUGCGCUGGGAUAAUCUACAUGAGUUACUGCUUCUGCGGCUGGAUCGUCCUGGGCCCGUAUCACGAGAAGUUCCAGACGUUGAACACGAUGUCCGAGUGUCUGUUCUCCCUCAUCAACGGAGACGACAUGUUCGCCACCUUCCAGGAAAUGAAGCGGAAGAGCACCCUGGUGUGGCUCUUCAGCCGGGUCUACCGCUACACCUUCAUCUCGCUCUUCAUCUACAUGAUCCUCAACCUCUUCAUCACAAUCAUCACCGACACCUAUUACAGGAUAAAGAAGCAGCAGCUGAGUGGGAACCUGACAUCAGAGCUGCACAACUUCCUGUCGGUCUGCAAAGAUCUGCCGAAUUCUGGGAUGUACAGAUUUGACGAGAGCAAAGGCUUCUUCCUGAACGGCUGCAUUACCAGGUGCAGGAAGCAUGAGGAGACGCUGUCUUCAGAGGCAUAGCAGGCAUUCAAUGUGGAUGUAUUACAAAGUUUAAUAUAUUCAGAGGGUCCCAACACUUUUCACAUGAUGCCAGUGGGUUUUGUUGUACAUGCCACUGGAUUCUUCAGCUGAGUGAUUUCAUGUGAAGCAGCAGUUUUUCAGUGCUGACUUGACAGAGCUUGAGAGAUGAAUGAAGUCUGAUCUUUGACGCACAGAGCACUUUUAAAAACGCACUUAUUUAUAACGUAGAUGGUAAAACACGAUUGUGACGUGUCAUCUGGCAAUGCUGUACACCGAGGAUGAAUCGAGGUCGAAUAAUAAAUGAGUGAACUGAAAAAUCGCAAGAUUUUAUUCCUCCGUUGUCUAGAGAAGGUUACAAUACAAAAAGCUAAUAUAUAAUUUUGUUCUCCUCACAUUAAUUCCUUGUAAUGUUGCAAUAAAAAUAAAAUCCCGUUCCUGGUCGUGGCGAUAAUAGCUCCACCCAGACAAGUCUUGAGAAGCGAUCUGGGGAGGCCAAUAGAAACCAUGAACGGCUCAAACAGUCACGACUGCAGGAGUCGCGGUGGAUGUGGACUUUAUUUUCCCAGAGGAAAUGAUUGUUUUGAAGAGUCGUCGUUGGAGAGAUCAACUCGCGUUGCUCUGAAAGCCGCAAUGGAAUCUGAAAUAAGCAGAAUAUGAAUUCCAAUGUGCUUAACGGCUUGAGAUGGGUCCAUAUGACCUUCUUCUUGUCCGUCAUCGUGAAGCAGAACAUCCCUCCAGUGUGGCGCGUGUCCAUUUAGUCCAAACACAACCCAGUUGGUGUGACGGCACCACGCACCAACGUCUUAAAACAAGUCUGUACGCCUUAGGAACACCGACACUCCGAUAUCCAGCGACCCGCUUUGUAACGUUUGAGAUCUUGGUUCCUGAGUGUCUCUUGCAGCCGUGCGCGAGUUUUGCGUUUCCAAAAAACAAAACAAAAAACGCGAUUAAAAGAAGAAGAACAAAGGGAGUUUUUGUGACGCGAUCUCGUCUCUCGAAGUCAGUCCGGUUUGGAUUGGCUGACGCCAGGAAGCGGCAGGACUCGCUGCUCCUCCAUCCGGCUGGACUGGGAACGCUGGAUGAGACUCACAAAAUCUUCAUCUGGAACGGUCGGGCCCUUGGUUUGAGACGGCGGCGCGGCGCACCUCUUGUCGUUCAGCCGGGAGCCCUAAAGCGCCGACGAGAGGGACGGCCAAUCACGUGAGUCGAGGCGUGUCGAGAGCACGGGGAGCCCCGCCUACGUCUCUCCUACAUUAGUUUAUGAUCUCAGACACGUGUACUAUGUAAAGACAUGUUUGGGAGUUAAAUAAAUAUGUUUAAUUGGGUGUGAGCACUAAAUACGAAGUCACCAAGAUGGGUUUGUACUAGUGUUGAAAUGUUUAAAAUAACUUUGUAUUCACCUUCCCAGAAAUAAUUACAAUAACUGAACUCUCCAAAAGAAAAUUACAACUUUCAAAAUAAAAGUGUCAAGCCAGUAAAGAACCAUAUAAUGUGAUACUAAAUAUAUGAUUUUAGUCAGCACAUGCAUGUUAAACUGGUCCACGGAGAAGAAUACAUUAAACAUGCAUAGAUAAUAAAGUUAUUAUUAAUUUG